GUGCCUGGUAGGGGCUCUAAAGGGAGAAAAAAAGGGCGAAACGUCUUCGUUUCGGGCAAGCGUAUCCGUUGCAGGUUUGUAGCGGCGCGGCUGAAAUCUCAAGUGAAAUGAAGCGGGAAACAUAACUUGAAAUAGUCUAAAUACAAUGGUCGGAUCUAGAGUUUUAGAGCUAUUGGCUGUGUUAGAUUUUUGAAGAAGCCCCUUUCCCUCGGCUAAAUAACAAGACAGCGUUGAAACGAAGGUCAAUCGUGCCCUGAAUCCCAGUUCGCCAGUCCUUUCCAUGUCGAGAACCAAGCACACCGCUGCUAAGAAACCAAGACGGAAGCCAUCUGCUGCCGCUGCGGCUUCACCGGCGACGGCAUCACCACAUACCAGAUCGUGCAAAACAAAUCUGAGUCAGAUACGCAAUCUUUUGUUCCUGAAGGUAACUGCAAAAAAAACUGGAGGACCGGGCACGCCAACUCCAGGAAACUUGAAGCGGCCUCAUCGUUUUCGAGCAGGAACUAGGGCUCUUCAAGAGAUUCGGAAAUACCAGAAGACCUCAAAUCUACUCGUUCCUGCUGCCAGCUUCAUCAGAGAAGUAAGAGCUAUUAGCUACCGAUUUGCUCCAGACAUAAGUCGUUGGCAAGCUGAAGCUUUAGUUGCAAUUCAAGAGGCAGCAGAGGACUAUUUGAUUCAAUUGUUUGGAGAUGCAAUGCUGUGUGCAAUUCAUGCAAAGCGUGUUACACUGAUGAAGAAGGAUAUUCAGUUGGCAAGGCGACUUGGUGGGAUGGGCCAACCGUGGUGAGAUACUGUACUAUAACCUAAACUAGCCUUCAACCUAGCUAUUCUGAAAAUUGAAAUUUAGUUGUGUUUUGAAAUGUAACCUUUCUUUCGCAAGACUUCAGUGUAAUGGUUCUUGAAACCUACACCGCCUUCAGCUAACUGCACGUUUGGUUGGGGAUAUGGACUAGCCUUCCUCCAAUAUUCUGUGAUGAAUCAUUUUUCAAUAGUUUAAUUGGAAUGAAUGGUGAAUUCUAUGUAA